AUGGAGCCUCCCGCAUCCUACAUUUCGUCCUCCGAGCUGAGCAACCACAACACGCCGCACGACGCGUGGAUCUCAAUCCACGGCAAAAUCUACGAUGUCUCCUCCUGGCUCCAACGCCACCCCGGCGGCGCUCUCCCCCUCCUCACCGUCGCCGGCACCGACGCUACCGAUGCCUUUCUCGCCUUCCACCCCGCUUCUGCUGCCCUCCUCCUGCCGGCCUUCUCCACCGGCCUCAGCCUCUCCGACUACGCCGUCUCCGCUGCCUCCUCCGACUACCGCAAGCUAUUCUCCCACCUCUCCGCACUCAACCUCUUCGAACGCAAAGGCCACACCACCCUCAUCUUGCUCUCCCUCAUCCUCACCCUCCUCCCUCUCUGCGUCUGCGGCGUCGUCUGCUCGGAGAGCACGUGCGUGCACAUGCUCUCCGGCGCCUUGAUCGGCUUCCUCUGGAUUCAGAGCGGCUGGAUUGGUCACGACUCCGGUCACUACAACGUCAUGCUCACCCGCCGCUUCAACCGCUUCGCCCAGAUCCUCUCCGGCAACGUGCUCGCCGGGAUCAGCAUCGCCUGGUGGAAGUGGAACCACAACGCGCACCACAUUGCUUGCAACAGCCUCGACUUCGACCCUGAUCUUCAGCACCUGCCUUUCUUCGUCGUCUCAUCUAAAUUUUUUAACUCCCUCACUUCCAAAUUCUACAAUAGAAAACUCAAUUUCGAUUCCCUCGCUAGGUUUUUGGUUAGUUACCAGCAUUGGUCUUUCUACCCUGUCAUGUGCUUCGCAAGGGUUAACCUUUUUGCUCAGUCUUUUUUCCUUUUGUUGUCCAAGAGAAAGGUGGAGAACAGAGGAGUUGAGCUUUUAGGGUUACUUGCAUUUUGGGUUUGGUACCCUUUGUUAGUCUCCUUCUUGCCAAAUUGGUGGGAGAGGGUUUUGUUCGUUGUGGUUAGCUUUUCUGUGACAGGUAUUCAGCACGUGCAGUUUUGCUUGAACCAUUUCUCUUCCAAAGUUUACCUUGGUCCUCCAAGUGGUGAUGAUUGGGUUGAGAAGCAGACUAAUGGGACUCUUGAUGUGAACUGUUCUGCUUGGAUGGAUUGGUUUCAUGGUGGCCUGCAGUUUCAGGUGGAGCAUCAUUUGUUUCCCCGGCUGCCACGCUGCCAUUUGAGAAAGAUCGCGCCGUUGGUUAAGGAUCUUUGCAAGAAGCAUAACCUUCCUUACAAUUGUGUCUCGUUUUGGAAGGCCAAUGUGCUGACAAUUCAGACACUGCGAAAUGCAGCGUUGCAGGCAAGGGAUGGUUCUGGGCCAGCUCCCAAGAAUUUGGUUUGGGAGGCUGUUAAUACCCAUGGAUGA